GUCCCCCACACACAGUCCUGUAAACCGCACGGCUCCGGGCAACCACAUUAGACAACACCGCUGUAACUAUUUACUCACUCUCUUCUGGGGUAUCGACGCGGUGUGUAUUUGCAUUGCUAAGGACGGGACAACAUACGCUGGUGAUGCUGUACCUGUACACAGACAUAAGGGUCUAGUCGUGCUAAAUGAAGACGCAUCUCAAGAGGAAGGAGCACAGUGACAGCAGGUGGACGGAAGUUGUAAAUGCAGCAAGGCCAACACGGGACAUUGAAAACUAAUUUGCAUCCUGAACUGGACCAUGGUGAAAAAGGAAAUCGGCAGACCAGGCAACAAAAGCAGCCGCAAAGGCAGCGGCCGCAAAUCAGCGAAGGGGAGCAGGAAAGAGAAGAAAGAGAAGAAGGAGAAAAAGGAGAGCGAGCCGCAGCCUGUCAGCCCACUCGUCUACAAUUCCCAGGUGGCGCUGGAGGAGCUGCUGGUAAAGCACCAGAGGAGCCCUGUGGACGAAGGGAUCGGCAGUGUGAGAGCCGAACUCGCAGAGUACCAGGCCAGUAGGACGAAAGGUCAACAGAUCACAGUGAGGAUGGGACUGUCCCGUAAGAUCUGUCGCUUUGUGCUGCCCAUGGACAUGAAGGAGCUGGAAAACCUCACAGCCCUGGAGUAUCUGAGGAGAUACUGCUUCGUGUGCUCCAGGAGGCAAAACUACUACAAUAAGUCUUUCGACAAAUUCGACAGAGACAGGGAUGGUAUCCUCUCACUCAAGGAGAUGGAGCGCGCUCUGAAGGACGUCUACACUGAUGACAUCGCCUCGGAGAAGGUGCAGGAGCUGGCAGAGCUGGUGCGGGCGGUCAGCGAGACGCAGUUCGACCGGCAGCUCUUCGGUGCCAUGUGUGCCCUCUCUGAGCGCCUGUUCUACACCUCCUUCGUAACUGAAGACACUGAGGACGCAGGGAACGGAGAGCGCCAUCGUGUUGAGGAGGCUGAUUUCUGCUCCCUGACGUCCCGGUUCAGAGGCUGCGAUAUCCAGGGUAACAUGAAGAGCCUUCUCAGCAUGCUGUAGACCACAGGAUGUGCCAACACUCGUCUGCUGAACAUUUAUUUGAAAUGUGUUUUCCAACGCUCACAGGAAGUAGUGUGACCGUACAGAACUCCAUGUUCACUGGGACGGUUUGGGCCAGGAUUCUCAACUCACACCCCAGUGCAUUCUGGUAAGUGUAGUCCUGCUUCUCGAUGAAAAGAAACAAACGAAAGGUGAAACGCCCCAGAAUGCAUUGCGAUGUGAGCGGAAGAGCCAAAACUGUCCCAAACUGUCCCGGUGAACAUUGAGUAACCCUAACAGGCAGGCUAAUUUGAAAUAGUCUGCAGCCGCAGUAGAUAACUGUUUGUCCCGGCUCCCCAGGUCAGUAAGACAGUACACGGAUACUCAAAACCGCUCAGUUCCACUGCCACUUGAUAUCGGGGCGUGCCUGCAGAAUGCCAGUAGCCAGCAGCUCCUCAGGGUGUAAAUGUCACCUCUGACGUCACUGUGCCGUACUGAAACAGGUUCCAGUGAAAAAGGCUCUGUUUAAAUACACAGUUGUGCCGUGAGCAACGAAGUGCAAACCAGCCACACCCCAUACCUGCGUGUUUCAAGGAUCACAGAGCUGUCUGAUUGAACAGCGUGCAUGAUCAGGAGUGUGGUUCAAUUCCCGCGAGCCCAGGUACAACUCAAUACAGUUACCCAUAGCAAACUGGGAGGAGUAAAUUCAGUAUAUUAACGUCUGCUGCUUGUCCAUCCCCCGUGGCAAUCAGAUAAUGACAUGAGCCUAAUGAUGCUAAAAAUCAAACGGGGGAAAUGUGACUGGAGAGAGACUGAAAAUAACUACAUUUUUUAUAUGUUUAAUAAGUGAAUAACAUUUUUUUUUAAAAAUUAAUGUUAUAAUCGUUUUAUGGGCCAAGGUGUUUACAAUAUACUUUAUUUAACAUUACAGUACAGGAUCUAAUGUUAGAAUAUUAUGUUAUGUACAGUAUAAACUUUGUCACCUUUUUAAUUAGCGUGUAUCUGCAUACACACAAUCACAGCAAUUUCAUAAGAAAAAACCAUUUAAUAAAGCUUAAUUACAUGUUUAAAUGUAAAUGUGAACCCUUAGGAAUAUUUUUGUAUAAAAGAAAUGCGAAGCCCUAAAGUUGUAGCUAGUUAUUAAUAUAGUGAAUUAUCAGUUUAUCAAAUUACUUUUCACGAAGUAUUUCUAGUG